GAAAUAAAUUCAUGUUUACCUUUAAUACAAACAUUAUUUACAAGCUACCAGAUUAUAUACCAAAUCUAAAUAUUGAAUUGUCAUCUCCUGAAAAAUUAAUACCUAAACAUAGACCACCAUAAAUUAAAAAAGAUCCUAUUUUAGAUGCACCAGAUGAAAUCAAAAAAUGGUUGGAAUAAAGAAGAAAAAGAUAUCCCAAUAAAGAUAAACCUUAAAUUGAUGAAAAUGCAUAAGAGCUUUCUAUUUUAGAAUAAAAAUUAAGAAAGAAAAUUUCAAUUUUAAGUGGCAGCAGUAGAAGAACAUAAAUUAAAGCAAAAUAGAUGAAAGAACUAUGUAAAGUUUUAACUGAAUCAAAAAGAAUUAAGAAGAAAUUAAACAAUGAACCUUUAGAUUAAAGUUCUGAUUCAGAAUCAAGUAAUCAAUAAGAAGAAGAUAAAAAAUUAGAUGAUAAAGAAUCAAUAUAAAAAGAAAUUUCAAAGCUAUAAAAAAAAUUAACAGAUACAAGACCAAAAGAAUAUUUUAAAAAGAUAAAAGAAGGAGGUGGAGAAUAAUAAUAGUUAACAAAGAUGGAAAAGUAAAUUAUCAAAAAGAAAAUUAAGGAUUUAAAGAUAUAACUGAAGUAAUUGAAUCCUGAAGCUGAAUAAGUUUAAGAAUAGUAAUAAGUAAAGAGAUAAGAAAAUACUUAGAGUUUAGAAGACCAUACUAAAGAGAUGAUAGGGAAUUUAGAAGAUUAGCAAGAGAAAAUGUAAUAUUUAAUAUAAUUAUUAUUAUAGGGAGAAUUUGUUAGAGGAAUCAUUGAAUUAUAGAGUAAAUCCAGCAAAUUUUAGGUAUAAGAGUAAUACUUUAUAUACAAAUAUGUUGAUUGGAGAAAUUUAUAGAGAAAGAUAAUAUAUUUUGUAGGCGAUUAGAUAUUUAGUAAAGGAGAAUUUUUUUGAAGAGAAAGGAUAGGAGGGAUUUGAAUGCAUAACAUCAGAAUCAGAGUAAGUAUAAGAAGAGAGUAGUGAAGAAGAAUAAGAAUUUAUGGAAGAAAACGAAGAAUAUUUUUGAGAUUUCAAUAAGAAAAUAGAAAAUAAAUAAUUAGAAAG